AUGGAUAAACUGACGAGCGUUGUGAGUGUUGUGUCCAACAGCGGGGUGACCUCCGCGUUGGGGGGUGGGGGCGUUAUUGAGGCGGAGGAAUCAGAGUCGCUGUGUCCUUCCCUCUCCUGGAAGCAUCGGUUGAUUGGCUGCGGCUGCUGUGUCGGUCUGGGCAUGUUCUUCUCUCUGCUCAGCUUUAUUGCCAUUCUUCAGAUGGACCUUGUCCUCUUUAGUGUCCUCUUCUCCUUCGGCAACGUCGUCUCGAUUGCGGGGCUGCUGUUUCUCGCUGGCCCCAUGGCACAGCUGCAGCGCAUGUUUGACGAGAAGCGCUGGAUCGCGACGACAGUGUACCUCGUCUCCAUCGUCCUCACCAUCCUCUGCGCGCUGCUGCUACACAAUGCCCUGCUGGUGCUGGUGUGCUGCCUGGUGCAGACUGGGGCAAUGAUUUGGUACGUCUUGUCGUACAUUCCCUUUGCUAGGGAUGCAGUUAAGUCGUGCUUUGGCCGCAUCAUGCGGUAG